AAGCCGACGAAUCCGGGCGGAGGUUUCAGCCUCGGGGUUCAAUUUAUUUAUAGAGGCUUGUGCUUUGAAAACUGGAGGCGAUUUGGCUGGCAUCCAGCAAGGUGUCCACAUAUCACCGAGGAAUAUUCAUUUUUACGUUGUAAAUCCGACGAACCAUCGACAUUUCAGGGGAAUUAAAAAUAAAUAAAUUCGACCGAACGACUCAUAAUUUACGAGAACGAGCCAUGGGGAUGGGACACAGUUUGCACCACCAGAGAGAUUACGAGCCUCCACCCUUGCCCUCGCCAUUCGGUCCCGGAGGGCCUUUCCAGGGUUUCCCCAGGACCUCGAGGGCCUCCCAGAUGUCCUCCCAAUCGUCCGUGGGAUCAAAUCCGCAGAAUCAAGAGUCAAGACCUCGGGACAGUCAUCGCCAUGACGAAUGGUGGCACCAGCCCACACCCAUCAACCUACGCCAACCACAGGAGGCCUUGCUGACUUACGCAACCCAGAUGACCGGUUGGCAAUCAGAAUACGCAUCGGGAGUACCCGUACACCAGGAGGCGAUGGAGCUCACGAGGACAGUCUCGACUUUGGCAGCGGCGAAUCAGCAGUUGGCAGCAGCUCACAGUGCACUCCUGGGACAGCUGGAGGGACUCUACCUGGAGUUGAGUAAGGAGAGGGAGGGAAAUUUGAAAAAGUGGGAGGACGACCUGAGGAGGAGGGUGCAGGUGAUCGAGGGGGUGAUGGGGAGGUGUCAGUGUGCAGUGGAGGAUGACUGGAGGUCUGUCAAGAAGAAGAGGGCCGACGGGGAUGAGGAGUACGUCAGGAGGGAAUACCAGAGGGCUGUGGAGAGAAUUCGCGUGCUUGAGGCUGAGUUGAGAGGCGGGAGGGAGGAGGAUAGGGCUGGAGGACUUGUCCGGGAGGUCAGGAGGCUCAGGGAGGAGCAGAUCGAGACCAAAGAGGUGAAUAAGAGGCUCAGGAGAGAGUUGGAGAGGGUCCGGAGGGAUUACGAGAUAUCGAAAGAAAAAUUAAAAUCGAUGGAGAAUUCACGAGGGGAUUGUCCUGACAGAAGGGUCGAGGAUGCGGGGACUUUGUUGAAGGAGAAUUCUAUUCAGACUGAUGAAGUGGAGAGACAGGGGGAGCUGGAGGAGUCUCUCAAGGAAAUAAAAAGACUGAAUGACAUAAUUGCGACUUUUAAGAGUGUUAAAAAUUCUGAUGCUGAGACAUCAACCGAGGAAGAGUCAGUGGAGCGACCGACUCUGGAGGACUUCAAAAAAGACUUGUGCCUGAAAAGAGAAGCGAGACAGCGAGCGAUAGCUGCAGUCUCUUCAGAGAUGGACAGACUGCGGAAGGAGUUGGACGCCGAGAAAGAGGCGCACUCGGAGACCUCGAAAGUCUUGGACCUCCUGAAGAGGCAGUCGGAGAGAAUCCCGAGAAAAAGCGAGACCUUGUCCAUCGGUACGACAACGACACCUCCGGAGGAGGAGAAAUCACCCUGGUCAGAGCCCAAUUCCAUUCAGAAAGACGCUCAACGUCUCACGGAUGUUCUUAAAGUGUCGGACGAAUUACGAAGUUGCAUCAGACUCCAGAUCGAGAAGAUCGACGAUCUGCGGUAUCACCUGGAGUGCGAACCCGAGACGAACGCCCACAGGAUCGAGACAUUGAAGGAAAUCGCGAGCUCCAAUAGGGACAGCUUCGAGACACGUGAGCACCAGAUGAAUCGUUUGAAGAACAUCUUGUCUCAGAUAGUGGCUAGACUGGGGGAUGACAAAUUCAGGAUUGAUGUCAAUGAGGACUUGAGGACUGAACAUGAUCGUCAGGUGGAAGACGUCCGAAGGCUUAAGGGACUCUACGACGAGAGGAUGCGAGUGCUGGUGGACUUGAAGGAUUCAGCAUCCAAAGAUCUUGUGAGUACUCGACACAAAUUCAAAUCCUUGAUGAAGGAGAAAGAGGCGAUGGACGAGGAACUCAAGAAGGCCGAGGAGAAGAUGGACGCACAGGAUACAGAAGUGUCGAAUCUGGAGUCACAGCUGGGGCUGACCAAAGCAGACUGCAGGGACUUGCAGAAUCAGAUGUCUUUGAUCAACAGUUUAUUCUCGCAGAUGCUCCUAAGUGCCUCCUCCGCGGACAUGGAUCUGGACAGGCUGACGCAGUUGCUGCAGGAGAAUCAUGAUUUGAUUAGUGAUAUGGCCCGUGAAGAGGGCACAGAGGCUGCAGCUCUGCCAAAACUCCUUCUGGAUCUUGUGGAACAAGUGGAGGGACGAGAGAAGUCCAAAACCAUUGAGGGAGGCCCUGACAAGAAGGAAGAGGACGCCCAGGAGGAGAGCAUCGCUAAUAAUCUCCCCAAGGUCUGGAAAGUCCUCACUGAGCUACUCAGUUGUCAUGCCGCUGGAUCCUCUGCUUCUACCUCAUCUGCUCUACUAUCCAACGAUCCAAACAGCUGUUACAAAUCCGUCGACACUCCCACUGGGCCGAGACUCGUUAUUUCUGUCAGCAAGACUUAUAUUCGAUUGAAGGAACUCAUCCUCGAGAAGAAACAUCUGGAGAAGGAGAUGGGGAGAAUGAAGCAACUCAAUUCUCAUCUGGAGAGCAAACUGGGAGAACAGGAAAAGAGACUGUCAACAGUAUCUGAUGAAUUGAGCAAAACGUGGAAUGUGGUGGGUCGAAUGCAGGCGCAGCAUCAGCAGCUCCAUACACACGAGAAGAUUCUGCGCUAUGAGCUCCAGCAGAAGCGGAAGAUGCUCCAGGAGUUGAAGCAAGAGCUGGAGUACUGUCGGGAAAAAUGGGAGUCAGCGAGGCAGAAAAACACCAACACCGAGAUUGAGUGGAAAAACCUGAGGAGAGAAUUUGCAGCUAGAAAGGCGCUGGCACACGAUUCCUUCAACAAUAGAAAUUGCGGUUUUAGUGCCGAAAGUGGUUUCAGUGAUGAUCGUUGCGACGAUUCGGAUGAUGAGGAGGGAGAGGCCGAGGAGAGGGUGCGCGCAGGCCCACGCCGAAGGACUAGAAAGGAGAAUCCAAGGGCGCCAACUCCAGAUACCGAAUCCGAGCAGCCGACAGAUACCGAAGUAUCAGACCCAAAGACCGAAUCUCCUGAUCAGAGGACUCCGACCCCGGAGACCUCGGACAGCUCCUCCACAGAGUCCUCCAAGGGCCCUCAGAACCUCCUGGACCGAGCCCUCGCCAACGUCAUUCAGAAUCUUAUUCAUGACAAUCAAAGCCCAAAUGAAGGGACUACACCUCUGAGGCCUUCAAGUUCCCAGCGAUCACCUCCAGAGGCCGAAUCGAAAAUGUCAGGUAACGAAGAGACCAAAAAUGAACCCGCAGAAACCACUCAAGACCAUUCAUACACAUCAAAUCAUCAACAUUCAGUACCUGAAGACACUGAUAAGACUGUAGAGGUCAGCCCUAAUCUCGUAUCUGUAUUUUCGAUCGGGCCCUUUCCAACAGCCGGUAAGACAGUUCAGUUCAGUGAUCCCCUGGUGGUGGGACCGUCUGGUGAUAUCCAGGAGUCUCUAUUCGGCCCUCCAACGGCUUCUGAAAGCCUCGAGGACACCUCGACAUUACGAAGUAAAGAAACAAUGCAGGAAAGUGGACUAAAAUCGGAUAAAGAGGAUGAUAAAGAAUUUCGAGAGAGGAUGGAGGAAUUAUCAGCGGAGGGAUCUGCAGCGUCAUCCUCGAGAGCCAAUAGGACGUCGGAGGAGGUACUGGCAGCUCGCGAUGCUAGGCUCAGGAGGUUGGAGGAGCAGGCCGAGUGGUUGAUGAAAAAAAUGAAUGCUACCAGUCGAAGAGGUUCUGCUCUGAGCACCAGGUUAGAGGAACUUCAUGAAGUCUAUGGGGAUAUUCCUGCCCCACCACCUAUGCCCGAUGUUCUACCUUCUGUGAGGAUUUCCACGGAUCACAAUGAGGCCGUAAUUGAUAAUUUGGUAUUUGUUAUUCAUUAUUUUAAUGCCAAUAUAACAUGACAUUAUUUUUUAUACCACUUCC